AUCGGUGUGCAGCGUAUGGCACUGCGACACAGCUCCGUACACUCAUCGCAAUGAACGCGAGCCCGUUGUUGGAAGCAUUCCCGCUGUGCUGGAACGCGAUUCAUCAUGCCGUCUUCUACGGGAACAUUGAGACUUUCGAAUUGCUGCUGGGCUACUUUGAAAACGCAGCGACAAACGUCAAAGAUAUUCGGGGCUGGACACUGUUACACAUUGCUGGAGAAGCUGGCCAUAUGGAGAUUCUUUGCCGUCUGAUGGAAUUGGGAGCAGAUCCUCUAUGUGCAGCGUUACCAUACAACUCUCACAUGGCACCCGCGCUCUUCGAAAAGCGCUGUACUGUCUUCGACGUCAUCAUCGCUUCGCACGAUUCCAUCACGGCCGGUCACCUCCUCGAAGCUCUGGGCACGGGGCCUUCAACCCUUCGCAGCAGUAAGAGCCAGCGCCUCCGAAUCGUCGAGCCAGGGACCGCACAAUUCGUCGCACUCGUGUGCUUACUCGGUGCCACCUUCAUCAUGGCUAUGUGGUUACAUCAUUAGGGAUCGACUGCUUCGACCACCGAUACGUACCACGUAAACGCGCACGAGCACGGCACCUUUUUGGCACAUGCGAAGUCUUGGAGGUGGUGGCGGUUUGUUGAUCGGAUCGGAACUGGUGGCACACAAUCAGUCAAGCACUUCGAUUCUCACCAAGUGCGACGACUUACUUUCCGCCGAAGGCCAUUGCACCCCGCACGUCCCUCCCGACAGGACACCUCUGGGAUCGAUGUUCAAGGCCUUUGGUGGAGGCAGGCUUGGUAAUGCGGCAGUUAUGGAGAAGAGAUGGUGGUGCAGUGCGAUUGAUGGGUGUCCACCGGUGGUAUAUCAUCGUGGGGUUUUGCUCAGGCUUGCGCAGACAGGGGGUCGUGGAGCUUAAGCAGCAACAGGGAAGAAGCUACGGCGAAGGAUUAGAGAACAAACUGAAAUGACCAACAACAGUGAAAGGGGCUGGUAGGGUGUGGGCUAUGUGUAUGCUCGAUUCAUUGAUCGCCUCGGCCUGGCAUUACAGAUACUGGCACCGGUGGCUCGUCCGAAAGUGGAGUUUGUGUCCUGUAUGUGUCCUGUAUGAAAUCUUUCUUGGCGACCCACCGACGGUUCAAUUGAGAUAUGCCCAGGGAAGAUUGAGAGAAAGGAUCCCGCAAUACGAUGUAUGACGCAGUGCAAGAGGUAUCAUGGCAGGCAGACAGGUAUACCGUCGGGCGAUCACGGCGACUUGUCAGGCAUCAUCAUUCGCAUCGCUCUUGACCCGGAUGACAGCUCGAGGGUGAGAGCGAAAGCGCAUCGUUUGCUCGUGCUACAGUGGCGAUAGAGGACUUGCGCGUGACAAGGCUCUUGUCCACUUCAUCGAGUGGGUCUGCCAAGGCAUCGUAUUAUAACCCUAGUGUCAAAACAGUCUUCGUAGGUCCUCGAGUAACCAAUGGCCCAUGAUGCACACUGCACAGCCACUGACAUCCCCAGCGACAGAGCUAGAGCCCUUGGGUACCAUCUCGAUUCUUGGCGACCAGAAUAAGCGCGUCGCAGCUAAAUAUACCGUAUUGGUGUGCUCUUCUUCUGCAAACGACUUCCUUGGCCUAGAUGAUCGGGCUCUG